UGCGGUCCCCACCCGUCUGCUCUGUGCCCACAGCUUCCCAAGGGCUGCCACCUCCACUCCGCAGCCGCACCAUGCGUGAGAUCGUGCACAUCCAGGCGGGCCAGUGCGGCAAUCAGAUCGGCGCCAAGUUUUGGGAGGUCAUCAGCGAUGAGCAUGGUAUUGACCCCACUGGCAGUUACCAUGGCGACAGUGACUUGCAGCUGGAGAGAAUCAAUGUCUACUACAAUGAAGCUGCUGGUAACAAAUACGUGCCACGGGCCAUCCUGGUGGAUCUGGAGCCUGGUACCAUGGACUCAGUCAGGUCUGGGCCAUUUGGCCAGAUCUUCAGGCCAGACAACUUCGUCUUUGGCCAGAGCGGUGCUGGCAAUAACUGGGCAAAGGGCCACUACACAGAGGGAGCAGAGCUGGUGGACUCUGUGCUGGAUGUGGUGAGGAAGGAGUCUGAGAGCUGUGACUGUCUCCAGGGCUUCCAGCUGACCCACUCUUUGGGGGGUGGCACUGGCUCUGGGAUGGGCACACUGCUCAUCAGCAAGAUCAGGGAGGAGUACCCUGACCGCAUCAUGAACACCUUCAGCGUCAUGCCUUCUCCGAAGGUGUCAGACACCGUGGUUGAACCCUACAACGCCACCCUGUCUGUCCACCAGCUGGUGGAGAACACAGAUGAAACCUACUCUAUCGACAAUGAGGCCCUGUAUGACAUUUGCUUCCGUACUCUGAAACUGACCACCCCCACGUAUGGGGACCUCAACCACCUGGUGUCGGCCACCAUGAGCGGGGUCACCACCUGCCUGCGUUUCCCAGGCCAGCUGAAUGCAGACCUCCGCAAACUGGCUGUGAACAUGGUGCCCUUUCCCCGGCUGCACUUCUUCAUGCCCGGCUUUGCCCCCCUGACCAGCCGGGGCAGCCAGCAGUAUCGGGCCCUGACUGUGCCCGAGCUCACCCAGCAGAUGUUCGACUCCAAGAACAUGAUGGCUGCCUGCGACCCCCGCCAUGGCCGCUACCUGACCGUGGCCGCCAUCUUCCGGGGCCGCAUGUCCAUGAAGGAGGUGGACGAGCAGAUGCUCAACGUGCAGAACAAGAACAGCAGCUACUUUGUGGAGUGGAUCCCCAACAACGUGAAGACGGCUGUGUGCGACAUCCCACCCCGUGGCCUCAAGAUGUCAGCUACCUUCAUCGGCAACAGCACAGCCAUCCAGGAGCUAUUCAAGCGCAUCUCGGAGCAGUUCACGGCCAUGUUCCGGCGCAAGGCCUUCCUGCACUGGUACACGGGCGAGGGCAUGGAUGAGAUGGAGUUCACCGAGGCCGAGAGCAACAUGAACGACCUGGUGUCCGAGUACCAGCAGUACCAGGACGCCACAGCCGAUGAGCAAGGGGAGUUCGAGGAGGAGGAGGAGGAGGGUGAGGAUGAGGCUUAAGAACUGACUAAAUUGUGCAUCCUUAGUGAACUUCUACUGUUGUCCUCAAGCAUGGUCGGUCUUUGUAUACUAUGGUGCUCAGUUUUGCCUCUGUCAGAAGUUCACACUGUUGAUGAAAUAUGUGGAACCUGUCUAACAAUUAUGGUAUUGUUUGUUAAGAUAUCUACACUAAUAAAAAGCAUGUGUCCAA